AUGGUGAUUCGGAAUUCCUACGGUGUUCGUUUCCUUUUCAAUUCAUUCGAUUGCCCUUGUACCUACCGACCAGCACAUUGCAGUCUACCGACUUCUGCCUCCCCCCCCAAAGCUGUUCCCCCCAUGUGCUUCGCCGACCUUCUACGGGCUGCCGAAUGCCCCUGUUUCGUCCCCCUGGCCACUCCUCACCCCCCGUCCGGUGUACUCUUACUUCGUUCUAUUAUGGUGUCCUUUUCCAGACUUCGAGCCUUCCUCCUAAUCGCCGUCACUUCUGCCCCCUCGGCCUUCCGCCAGUCUUGCCCCCCCCCUGUCCCGCUUCCUAAUCCCCCUGCACUCCCUUCCAUCAAGGCUUGCUCCCGCUUGCCGACCUUGCCGCCUUACCCAACUGUGUGCCCCCCAACGUCAUGCUUCACAUGCCUCUACUGA